GCGAACGUUUGCGUAAAGUCAAAGGUAAAACUGACACGCGCAGGACGCACGGUACAUAACUCGUGUCAUAUUUGGAGAGACGCGCAAGUCCGUCCACUAUACCAGCAGGUCUACUUUAUCUCUCGCACUUUCAUGCGAAUCUAAUCAGUAAAAAGCACGCGGGCAGAUAAACUGGUGUUUUAAAAGCUUAGCGCCGGGAUUCGGAUGAAGUUCCUGCUUUCUGAACGCGCGGUUUCGCACAGCUGAUGAUUUAACUGAAAGUGACGGGAGAUGCCCGACUUCUCUGAAAGCAUCAGAUCUGCUCUACUAUGAGGUGCGGUGUAGGUUACCGUUACAGUACAUUAAAGAUUUACUGGAAGUAAUUUCAACUGCUCCUUUUGUCGGACUCUAGGCGAUGCCGAAAUCUGUUGCUUAAGAAGGACUCACGUUUAGGAGAGAUUGUUCAUUAUUUCGAUGAUCAUCCUUAGAAAGGUGUUGUUGUUGUUUAUCGGGCUUUCUUCACUGGUUUAUGCAAUGCGAGGCACGGACUGAAAUCGUUUGACAUUUCCGUGGAAAGCCAGUCGAUAUUGUCGCUGAAUAAAAUCGAGGACAUCACUGAAGCCGGACACCUGGAGUCAUAAGCUCACAGCCUAUUGAACACAUUAGCACCUGUCAUAUCGGUCCAGCCAAGGUCAUAUCGUCUUCCUAUAUUUCUCCAUCCGGCUGUUCAACGCAACGCAUUCUACAAUGGAGAGCCUAAGUGAGCUUCAGAACCCUCUUUUGGAUAAAAAUAGCAAGCAUGUGGUCAAGGCCGACUAUGGCUACGGUGGCGACUUCCACAGCAACCAGUAUCAGGAGAACAUUAUUAAUUAUUUUGUAACCGGUGGAGGAGGCGGAGGCGGUGGGGUCGCGGUCACGGGAGGAAACGGCAAGGCCAAAGCUCAGUUACUGGACGCCACUUCGCUUCACCUGGCGGUGGAGGCGUUUUACAAGCCUAACUUCAUACUUUACAAGGAGGACGCAGGUGGCAAGGGCAAGGAUUACAAAAAUGAGUGCUGCGAGACCACCUUCGUGGAGAAGAAAGAGAAGGACGUUGCGGCGGAGACCCCCGCUACGGAGGACCCUCAAGCCAAACUGCUGGAUGAAAACGAUGUGAAAAUCCAGACCGUGUCUUAUGAGGUAGAAGAGGAGGAAUAUGUGGAAUACGAGACAGAUUGCUCCAGUGACAGCGAGAGCGAGGACAACUUUAUCGUCAUCCCUCCUCGUGAUCACCUGGGUCUUGCUAUCUUCUCCAUGCUUUGUUGCUUCUGGCCUCUGGGCAUUGCUGCCUUCUACUUUUCUCAGGGGACCAGCAAAGCCGUGACUAAAGGAGACUUCCCAUUGGCUAGCGUCGCCUCCAGACGAGCCCUGUUCCUGGCCGCUCUCUCCAUCACCAUUGGAACGGGGGUGUACGUGGGUGUGGUGGUGGCCCUCAUCGCAUAUCUGUCCAAACCUGGCCACAUAUAGCAGGACCACGAGGGAACUACAGGACAUAACAACACACCAUCCCCUUUUCUAAAUGUCCGUCUCAUUCUCAUCCCUCACUGUGGACUGCUUGUCCGCCCAAAUUAGAGAAAGGGAUGAAGCAGAAAGAGAUGAACCAGGGGAGCGUUUAUCACCUCAGUGAAUAUUUAUGUGCAAGUGUAGAUCUGGGCUCCAUCACAUCACUGGAUACAACGUAACAGAGUUGCUUAGGUCUACAAGCAGAUCAGCUGAAGAAUAUAAACUAGAGGCAAAUAAGCAAUCCAAUUAACUGAACUCAAAGGGAAGGUAUUCCAAAGGACACCCAAAAAGGAUCAAAAGAGACCAAGUGCCCUUGGAUUUGUUAUUUCCUUUCUAACUGUGCUUCAUUCGGCACCUGAAAGAGAAGUCAAGCCGUUCUCUCCGUUCCUCUCUCAUUAUUUAUCAAGUCCGUUAAACCAUUAAGUGUGUGUGGCUCAAUCAAACCAGCGUUGCUGAAUACACCAACGGCUGCAGUCUCUACUAUUGACGAAUGGGCUCUUUUAAAAAGGACAGUAUAAAAGCAGGUGACCAUUAUGUUUUUCUGCCUCUGGAACAAAUAAUACAGCCUUGUUAUAAGCAAAGGUGGAGUUUGCACGUGAAUCAAAUGCUUAUUUCCUCUGUACUGAACUACAAGACAAGAAAUCGCUAUCAAAGACAAUGCACUCCACCUUUAUAAAUCGAAAAUUCAUCUGUGAAAUUCAGCUCCGCUUAUGCACAAUCCCUCCAUGCUAGGUCUCAAUGCUCCGUGUUGUAAAUCCAUCAUAUUUUGUUUUGCUCAUCCAAAGCUCUGUUUUGACCCAGCGCAGGCAACCAGGUUCAUGACAAGGUAAAACAUAAAAGAAACAACCAGGGAUGCUAAGAAUUUUGAACAGCAACACCAAGCAAAAAAAGCUUUGGUUUAUAUCCAUAAGGAUCUAUAAGUGUUGGUGUGAAUUCACACCAAAAUGUCUGAACUGAAUACAUGGAUGGAUCGAUCUGAUACGUGUGCAUGGAUGGUAGAGAGAUUUGUCCUAGUUCACAAACGCAUUGCAUCACUUAAAAUGUGAAAAAUCGGUGCUGGUGAAACUGAAAAUAGACGAUCAAAUUCUAAACAAAAAAGGCAGGUUAGAAAAAGGCUCAGAUUGAAUUGAUUAAUAAUGCAUUGGAUUGCGUGUGGGGUCAUGGGUAAAGGUGCGUUAGAAUGUACACAUGGGGAAGAUAGUGGUCAAAGGUACGUCAGCUCCAACAGAGCAUGAAUUUGGAGUAGUCAUCUGUAAUAAUUUAAAAACAGGAAAACAAUAAGUGCCCAGAUGGCUGAAAGGUCUAUUAUUCGGUGCUUCCCAGCAAGCAAUAGCCAUCAUUUCAUCCGAUAGCCCAGCUACGUGUAACCCACUUCUGGCCAAAAUGUACUUGAAUUCGAUUACAUGUCGUUUUGCCUAAAUACCUUGGAUGUUUCAAGUAAGCAAAGUCGGCAUUGAUUACACGGUGUUUGGUUUCAUUUUUAUUUCAUUUCUCUUUGGGCUAUGCUAGACGUCUAUUCAAUUUUUACUGACAGCCCAAAUGUUGCCUUCCUUUAAGCCUAGAUGUAUGGGCUGUGUUUGUACAGCUAUUAGACAUCAUUUAAACGCACAAUUGCUUGCUGGGGUGUUUUGAAUCGCUGCGAUACGAACCUGAGCUGACAGAAAUGAAAUCGCUCAUAUUUAAGUUAGCUAAUUGUGAGUAAUCUUGCUUCAGAUCCUCCCAUGGCACUUGGAGGCGACAGGGUAAUCUUGAAUAGCCUUGUUAUAUACAGAAUACAUACUAUUAAGGACUAUUAGGUACAAAAACAGUUUAUGACAGACGUGAAAUUACAGAUCUGCUAUACAGAGUUAAAGGGACACUCCACUUUUUUUGAAAAUAUGCUCAUUUUCCAGCUCCCCUAGAGUUAAACAUUU